ACAUCAAUACUAGUACUAGUGCUCUGAUCGGACCUGUUCUUACUGGCAUAUGGAAUCAGACUACCUUUCUUGAGCCGUCGACGUUGACAUAAACAUGCUGAGUGCCGUAGGCAGUCUCGUUCCUUCCCCUACAAUCGACCUGGGUCUUGCCAAAGGAUCCAUCAUAAGUCCAGCGACCCGCGCUGCUCUCAACUUUCAGUAUGCAUCGUUAAGAAACAUCAACCACUGUCCAACUGGCAUGUACAUCACUCCUUCGGUGGAGAGCACCCUGGUGUGGGACGCCGUUCUCUUUGUGCACAAAGGGUACUAUCAGGAUUCUGUGCUGAAAUUCACCAUAACGUUUCCCAACGACUAUCCUGAACGACCCCCAACGGUGCGAUACUUGACGGACAUUUUCCAUCCCCUCGUCGACCCCCGGACUGGGGCUUACAGUCUUAUACCGCGAUUCCGGCCAUGGAGACCCAAAGAACAUCAAAUACAUCAUAUUCUGCAUUUUAUCAAGAGCACGUUCAAGGAGCCCACUCUAGACAAGCUCCGCGAGGAAGAUGUUCUAAACAAGGAAGCCUUCAAGCUCUAUCGCGACAAUCGAACCUCUUUUGCGACUUUAGCGAAGCAAUCCGCAGAGCUAUCUCAAUCUCCCAGUGCUCUCUAUGACACUUCAGGUUCAAAGAAGAACCACUCGUUACGGUUCACUCCUUUGAAACCAAACGAAGUCGACGAAGUACUAGUAGUCCUCUCCAUUCAUACAGAGGGAUCAAUUUGAGCGGUCAUGCAUUCAUGGGUCAUCAAUGAAGCUAAGUAUGGGUAUACUAAUCAUCCAUACACCAUUUGUAUCCACACUUACUGUGGAGGUUUAAUAUAGUCACAUUAAAGUACCGUUCAAAGUACCGUUCUUCGCGGUGGUAGUAUCAUGAUGGACGCCGCUCUAGAGCGAACUCAAAGUGACAACAUAGAGUUCAUCUAUCGUCGCUGCUACUGUCGUUAAGACCGGGGAAAUGGCCCCGGCAGGCAUUAACUGUUUCGAACGGAGUAUCCGUGCCUGUAUCAUCAUCCUGCUAGCACCGACUGUACGUGAGAUACUGCUGUAGCCGCUAACUCGGAACAUACCUCGGUCAUUCUACCGAAGUGCUUAGAGAGCUUCUCGAUGACGAGGCUGUACGGAAGGUGUUGCGUUAAUUUCCUAAAGAAGUGAUUAGUUUCAGUGUACAAAUUUAGUGGUCACGGAGAUUUGAUACCUUCGAGGCUGUACGUUCAAUG